AUGUCGACUCGGCUUGACAACUUUAUGAAGUCCAAGAACGUCGUCCUCUUCUUUGGAGGCGUUGUUUCUAUGGCAGCGGCAUAUACAAUCUGGGGAAACGAUGGCCAAGGAGUGUUCCCAUCUCAGCCUGACCCUACAGGUGAUCCCAAAACAUGGACAAAGGAAGAAUGCCAAUUGUGGUUGAAUAAGGCAAGCGAAUCACUCACAGCCGUUGACACAGACUAA